GACAUGCCGCCAUGUUGAAUGUCAACAGUCGAACACGAAACACUGGAAACUGUCUUGGCUCUCAUUGGUCAUUGUCUAUUACGUCUACAAUAUGGAAGCAAUAUUUCACGAAAAGCAAGAGGGUUCACUUUGUGCCCAACAUUGCUUGAAUGCAUUGCUGCAAGGCUCAUACUUCACACCUGUUGACUUGGCAAUCUUAGCACAACAGAUGGACGAUGAAGAGAGGUUGAGAAUGGCAGAAUCUGGAAUAGACAGUGAAGACUAUAGACGCUUUUUAGAGCAACCAUCUGGGAACUAUGAUGACAGUGGAUAUUUUUCAGUACAAGUGAUCAGUAGUGCUCUUGAAGUGUGGGGUUUGGAGCUGAUACCCUAUAAUAGCACGGAACCGAGAGCGUUAGAAGCACAGCAGUGUCCAGAAGCAAUGCAAGCUUAUAUCUGCAACUACCGUGACCACUGGUUUACAAUUCGUCGCCUUGGUCAGCAGUGGUUCAACUUGAAUUCAUUGCUGACUGGACCGGAGUUAAUAAGCGACACGUAUCUUGCAAUGUUCUUGGCACAGCUACAACAGGAAGGUUACUCCAUUUUUGUAGUGUUCGGAUUAUUUCCUGAAUGUGAAGCAGAUGCCUUACUAAAGUUAGUUCCAGCAGUUCAAAGUGUGAAACCACAAUUUCUGGGAUUAGUAAAGGGUCAGAAUGCAAGCAGCAUGGCAUCUAAUCAUGACAGAAGUUCAGAGGAGGAUUUGCAGCGUGCUCUGAAAUUGAGUUUAGGAUCACACGAGAACCAAAAAGAGGAAGAACCUGAGCAGGACACAUCCUUGCAAGUGCCCAUCUCACCGAGCACGAGAAAUGCAGGAACUAAGUCUAACGAGAGUACAGACAACCGGGAUGACGUCGACCUGCAGAAAGCAUUACGCCUUAGCCUCAAAGGCCAUGGGCAAGUUUCAUCUUCAGUACCUCUGAAAAGUACCAAUGAUGACGAAGAAACAGAAUUAAAGCAAGCUCUCAGACUAAGCCUUCAGGGUGCCAGUCCAGUCUCAGAACAUGAAGACCUAGAUUUAGAAAAGGCUUUGAAGAUGAGUCUUGAAUGCUGUGAUCCUCCCAGUAGCUGUGAAGGGUGCGAAGCCAACAGUUACGGAAGCUGCGACCCAAGAAGCUCGAGUGAAGUCGUCAUUGAAUCGAGGAAUGCAACAAGCUGUGUUGACGCAGAGGAUGUUAGAAGGAAACGUUUGGCAUACCUUGAAGCUAAUGCAAGACGGAACACUUCUGCUACCACCAGCAGUGGUGGGAAUACAAAGAGCCCAGUCAAUACUUAGUGCCAACAUUGACAUAGUCAUCUUGGUUCUAGUCAUAACUUGUUACUUUCCAUCUGUGUGAAGGGAUAACUUAUCCACGUAACCGCUUUACAAGCGAAAAUGCUUAAAAAAACAACAAGAGAAAUAGACUAAAUGAGUGAUGGGCAGAAAGGAAGCUAUAAAUUAAUUUGAAUAUUCAUAUUACUUGUACAAAUGGUACAACAAAAUUGUAACUUUUUAUAAAAGCUCACAUUCAGAUUAAUUUAUAGCUAGCUUUUCUACAAAGCAAUAAUUUCUUUCCUUCUUUCUUUCCAAAUCAAUUUUUAUUUCAAACAAGCAAUGUAUAUUUGUAUAAAUCUUGUUAUAUUUGUUGUAGCAUUGCUGCAAAAAUAAUGUGAAUUAAUGUCCUAAAUCAUAGUGUAUAAAAUAUUUUCAAGAGAAUGUUAUGUGCACUAAUGAACUAAUUUAAAAUAAUGUUUUCAUAAAGAAACUUUGUAAUUUUAUAUGCACUGUAACCAAGAGUUUGUAAUUCGGAUAGUUACAAAAGUACCUGUCUCAUACGUUAUAAACUUGAGGUACGACAGAAGCCUGUAUAAAUGAAGAAAAACAAAAAUACGCUUAAAAGUAAAUAGAUUUUCCUCCGA